CGCCAUGGAGGGUGAAAGGAGCAACGAAGGCGACGGGUUUGGUGGAGAUUCAGAGGUUGAGGAUGAGUUUGCUUGUGCUGGGAUGCUGCGGGGUUCUCUGACGUCCCUGCACAGUACCGUGGAGAGGAUAUUCAGGGUGACGUUUGGAAUUGGGACGGACGACUUGCCUCAUGGUAACAGCGGUCAGAUAUGGCUGAAGCUACGGGGAUCGAGCAGCAGCGUGAAAGCAGCCAAAUUAUUUGUAAAGGGAGUUGUGAAUCAGGAGGAGCAGCAGGAGGUUCAGUACCCGCAGGCCCUUCACUGCAUCUUCUGUGGAGCCCAAGGCCUCUUCAUGGACAGCCUAAUUAGAAACACCUCCGCAGUUAUAGUGAUCGGAUCUCCUGGAUUCCUGCUCAUAUCGGGUCUCAUGGAGCCGGUUGUGCGGGCCUACUCCCUCAUCGCCGACCUCGUGGAGCGGUACGAGGGCACGCAGUCCAAACGCACAGACACUGGGGACAGGAGCUCCGGCGAGUCCCUGGAUUCCCGGCGGGCUUUCAAAACUUUAGUAGAGAAGUGGGAGGACAGACACACUCUGGACCUUCUUGUUCUGCCAGUGACGGUGAAGGAAACCCUGUUGAAUUUAGUGAAAGAGUCUGGUCUCGGGUCGAGUCCGAGUUCAGUGCUCACGUCUGAGAAAACUGGUGAAAAGUCAAGGAAGGUUUCUAAUGAGGAAUGGGACAAAUCCAGUGCCACUAAACAAACACUGCCGGAUCCUUUCGGUACCACUGAUCGAUGGGCUGAAGGAAUGUCUGCAGGCAGAGCCUCGUCAGCUCAGGACCCCUCCUUUAAAGCUUUUAUGUCCCCUGUAGGCACACGAGGGAGGGCAGAAGGUGCAGAGCAAAGACUCCUGCACUCUCCUGAGGAGAUGGGAGAAGAAGAACAACCAGCGCAGCAGCAAACAGCAGACCCCUGGAUGAACAACAGACCGCAGAAUGAUGAGGACCAAGAGCAGGCAUCGAUAGGAAACAAGGAGUUUUUGCUUCUCUUGAAGUUCUUCACAGCCAUGGGCUACACCGAGGACGUGGUGAAAAAAGUCCUCGCAAGAACCGGACUUAAAGAGGCUUCGCAGAUUCUGGAUUUGGUUCAGCAAGAACAGGAUCGCAACGACCGAGAGCAGGAGACCAACGGCGAAGCAGAAAAGGAUGAUCAAAACACGACCGCUCUGAAUCGAGGAGGGGGCCAGCCCUGCGAGACAGAGCACGAGGAGGGCGAGGGAGCGUCGGCAGGGCCGGGUAAAGCAACUCGUGACAAGGAAUCCGUUGCAACGAAUGAACAAGAGGGGAUAAAAGAGGYGGCGAGAAGUUUGAAAGACUUUAUGGGGGAAGGCAGUUCUGCGUUGGAGAGGACAGAACAGGAGGAAGACUUCGUCCUGGGCGUGUUGAAAAAGGCAGCUGUUAGCUGUGGGUACACGGAGCAGGAUGUAACCAAAGUCUACAGAAAGUUGUCUGAUGGAUCCACUCACCAACUGCUACUGGAGCUACAGAAGGAAGGGRGCAGAGAGGAAGCUAAGGACACUGAAGAUGUGGUCUUGGAGGAAGAAUGGCAAGUCAUUGAACCAACUCAUCCUCAACCAAAAGGAGAAUUUGAUCUCUUCUUACAGAAGGACAAGAGAGAAUUGGAUGAAAAAGGACAUGUAAAGGUGACAAACUGUUCUGGACCUAAAGCAGAAUUUGAUCUGCUUACCUGGGCUGAUAAAGCUCAGCAGCUGCCUUCCACUCAGCCCACCCCACAACCAAGGCAUCAACAGCCUUUAACCCCUCCAACCCAAGUCAUCCUCCCCGAUGUCAAAGGGCCACCCAUGCCUACGUAUCACUCCGCCCUGGAUCCUCAAUCUUUUCUGUCUAACAAGCAGCCCCCCCACUGGCCUGAUCCCAGCGCGUCCAAACAGAACCAUCAAACUAAAAUCCACGCCUCAAACAUCCCACAGCAUUCUUCAAACUCCUCAAAACAGCCGCUCCAAGCGCAACCCCACCUUUUUACCAACAACGACAAGCGGAGCAACAUCGCCGCCUCUUCACUGGUGGUGACAGGGGAGCAGCGCUUCCUGGAGGGUCUGCAGACGCCCUUUGACCUUAAGCUAACAGAUCAACCCGGAGACCCAAAGCUGAGGACAAUCGUCAUUGAUGGGAGCAACGUGGCUAUGAGAGCAACGCUAUCUGAUGGAGCUGCAGAAGCUGGGCCUGCUCGCCUAUACGCCCUCCAGGGAAGUCCAAGGCAAGAGAUACAGCUCAUAUGAUGACAGACUAAUAAUGCAGCUUGCACAAAAGACAGAUGGAGUGAUUGUAACUAACGACAACCUGAGAGACCUAUCAGAUGAGUCUCCUGUGUGGAGGGACAUCAUCAAAAAAAGACUUCUUCAGUACACGUUUGUCGGAGACCACUUCAUGGUCCCGGACGAUCCUCUGGGCAGGGGAGGGCCUCACCUGGAUGAUUUUCUGCGUUCAGAGCACAGGACUCCUGAUCCCGGAAAUCACUCCUUUGCUGGUUUAGCCACCCCCUUUUUACCCACCAAGCCACCUCGCUCCCAAACAGAAGUCUUGAACUUCCGCGACCGGACACCCGGGGGUGCUCUGGAUGCGUCCGGCGGAGGCGGUCGUGGCAGAGGGAAGCUACAUGGCAAAGGGUGGAAUGGAGGACACCAGCACAUGCGUCAAGGAGGCGUYGGUGGCGAGAUGACCGCCAAUCUGGACAGGACUACUGAAGAAACAGCUGUCAUCAGAGAGCAGUUGCUGAGUGUUUUCCCGGGUCAGAACAACAUGGUGACGCUCGUGCUGCAGUGCCACCAAGCAGAGAGGGACAUAAAUGUGCUUUUUGAUCUGAUCCUAGAGCAGCAAAAGGACUAGAUGGACCCUACUUUUAAAUUCUGUUUUACGUUUUUCCUAAGCAUUUGUUUUAAUACCAAAGCACUUACUAUGCAAUGCUGACCUGGAUGGAUAUUAAACAAAAACAAAUGCUGUGGCACACAUCAAAUCUACAGAUGUUUUACAAAUUAAUUAUAAAGGCAACACCCAAGAUUAUAGGAUUCUCUUUUUCUUAAAGCAAUGCCUUUACCAAAGGAAAAAAAAAAAGUCACAAAUGAUGCGGAAAUUAAGAAACAAGCAUUCAGUUUUGUUUUCUACUAAAGUGGCCAAAAAAAAAAGGCAAUGCCUUUACCAGUUUCUUGAAGUGGGGAUCAAAAGUUAAUAUUUUAUGUACCAAAGACAGCUUUUUGAAUUGCCUAAGUUUGAAAAAAACUGGAAUUUGAUUGAACCAGAUGGAUGAUGUAAUGGUUAGUCCGGGACCAAAGUGGAUCUGCACCAUCUUAAAACAAGCCCACUCUCAAAAAUGUCAUCAAGGUUCAUGCAAAUGCUGUUCCAAAUAUCAUCAGGUUCACAUUUCAUGGUUACUGGUGGGAAAAGAGAAGCCCAGGGUUUUCAUCACAUUUUAUUACCUGUGUGUUUAAUAUGUUAUUUUUGCYAACGAGGCAGUUAAAUACAGAAAAUAAUUUAUUUUCAAUGUUGCUGUUUAACAGCUUUCAUGUAGAGGCAAACAKGUUCAUUGAUGUGAAUAAUUGUGUGAGACCCCAAAAAACACAGAACCUUCAUUUAUCUGUUUAUAUUCUGUACUUUAAAUUAGUUUUUGUUGUUGUUGAUAUUGUAACCUCGUGUUGGGUCAACAAAUCAAACAUGAUGAAGGAAGAUGAAACUUGGCCCCAAAGCAGAAACAGAUUGAACACUGAGAAUGUCGUUAUUUUAAUUAUUUUUGUAAACAAAUGCCACCAAAUAAAAACUAGAUUUGGCAAUUUUUAUACAAGUACUGGAAUAAACUCAUUAGUUUUGUUUACAUGUGUGUAUUUAAAAUGUUAUUAAAAUAUCUUUUGAAAGAUAAAA